UACGUAACUUCAAUUCGCCUGACGGGAAAACAGUUGACAGCAGCAGCGCAGAGUAGGCCGCGGUGGUAAACAAAACAACCGUCUGAAAGCGCUCUCCCGGCGCCCGUCUGUGUCUCUAUCUGUCCGAGAUGUGCGCGCGGCUGUGGCGGAGCACGGGGAGCUCUGAUCGGCCUAUGCAGAAUUAGUGGAGCAGCGAGCCGUGCGCUGGGCACGGGGCUUUAGUCUGGUUAACGCGUAGCCUCCGUUAGCAGGUUAGCAGCAGGCUACUGUGUGUGUGUGUGUGUGUCAGUGUGUGUGCGCGUGUGUGUGUGUGUGUGUGCGCGCGUGCGUGUGUGUGUGUGUGUGUGUGUGUGUGUGUGUGUGUGUGUGUGGGCUGGGGUUAGCAUUAGCAGUGCCAUGUCGUCUCCGUCCUCGUCCAGGCGCCAGUGGUGCUAUCUGUGCGACCUGCCCAAGAUGCCCUGGACCGUGGUGUGGGACUUCAGCGAGGUGGUGUGUCGAGGCUGCGUCAACUACGAGGGUGCCAAUCAGAUCGAGUUCCUGAUAGCGAACGCCCGACAGCUCAAACGGACACACGGCAUGCAGGACGGUAACGUGAGGUCCCCGGGGCCCUCCCCAAACAAACACAGCACUUCAGGGAGAGAGGCGCCCGUGGACACGACCAGGACGCAUAACGAGCGCUUUGAGCGUGCAGCUAGAGGCGAGAGUGCGAGCUCCGCAGCCAGGGUACCUCCUAACGGCUUACACAGGGACGGACACCCACAGGAACUGAACCGCCAAAGUCCCAGCGGCAGCAGGAGGCCCAUGCUCGGUGCUGCCAUCCCUCCCAGUCUAGUGUCCCAGAGUAUAGCAGGCAUACCCCCCGGGCUACUGCCGGCAGGUCUGGCUGCCAGACAAGCCCCCAUAAGCAACCCAAUGAUCUUUCCCGCCCCUGUGCUGGCCGAGAUGAGCCGCAGACAGCUGGGCAUCGGCAUGGGCAUAGGACCGUUCAUCUCCCAGGAGCUGGAGCGCGAACUGAGCCAGUCCAAGUCCCAGACGCCCAUCCACUCAGCGGUGGCGGGCAGCGGCGGCAGUAAAACCACAGGUCUCCCCUUGACUGCUUCAGCCAUGGCAGGGGGCGCGAGCCAGACCAGCCCCAAGCCUGCAUCUUCUCCCGCAAGACAGCCUCGUCCCCUGGCCACUCGGCCCGGAGGAGAGCCUCUGAGCUCCAGCGCGUCUGUAGAGGCGGCCAACACCGCUCCAGCCUUACCCCACGGAGGAGCCUCCGAGCUGGGCUCUGCGUCCGGCAGCAGCCACUCCGCUGGAAACACACUGUCCUGCACCCUGUGCCACGAGCGCCUCGAGGACACCCAUUUUGUGCAGUGCCCCUCUGUUCAAGGACACAGGUUCUGCUUUCCCUGCACACGCAUCUACAUCCAGAGCCGCAGGGCAGACGGGGAGGUGUAUUGCCCCAGCGGAGAGCGCUGUCCGCUGGAUAACACUCCCAACAGCCCCCCCUGGGCAUUCAUGCAGGGAGAAGUCACCACCAUCCUGGGCUCAGCCGGGGCAGGGGCCGCCUCCAUCCCUGCUGCUGCCCCACCCCCUGGCCCCAGCCCGGCUCCUGGGGGAGGACCCGGGGCCAGUGCUGGAGAUGUCACUGUCAAGAAGGAGCGAGAGACGUGAGACAGCACAGGAGCGGUCAGAAGAACCAGCACAGGACACAGCCUUCAGAGCCACGGCCAGCUCCUCUAUCCUGACCCAUCACAUCACACCUCUGACCUCUGCACACUUCUACACAAGAGCAAAAUGUGUUCUAUCAUCAGAGCCCUGUAGUGCGCACAACACAAGAGCAGAACGUGUUCUAUCAUCAGCCCUGUACAACCAUACACUGUAUAUACACUAUAUAAAUCCAUCUAUAUGUAUAUAGAAAUGGACAUAGCGAGCCUGCUUGUUCCACCGUUCCAUGUUGGAGUCUGGGCUUGGUUCUAUUUGCCUUCUAUUAAAAAAGGUUAAAUUCAGUUGAAGAACUUUGCCCUUCUCUGUAACUGCUGAUGGCAAACUCAUUCCCUGGUCUCUGAUAAUGACCAGUUGUUAGGACAAUGCAAGGAGCAGUGUUGUGGAAAUUAAAGUCAGAAAUGCCUGUCCAUGGUAAUCCCCCUCCCUAACUCUAGUCCUUUUACUGAGGGCAUACGUGAAAUGUACCCAACUGAUCUUAAAUCCACAAUUCCAAGAAAGUUUGGGCCGAUCUUGGAGCAUGUUUUGCUUUUGUGUUGUCAUGGUUACACAGACAUAGAUAUUUGUCUAAGAUUUGGCAUUUGGACUUUUUGUCCACAGAAAUAUUUUUCUUUCCUUUUAUAGUUGGGGUUGUUAAUUUCUUUAGUAACUGAACAUAGAGAAAAUGAUGGCUUGUCUUUGGCUCCCACUCUGGUCUCAGCCUGUCCCUGGUCUGAGCUGGUCUGCAGUAUUGGCUCUGCUGCUUUGGGACCAGCAUCAUUGACCCCCUGACUGUGGGGUCCCUUGUGUGGAAGGUCUCAUUGUAAACCAGUGGACAGUGUCUUUUGGACAUCUCUGAGUAAAUGUAACCUAGCAUUGAGUGUAAGUUGUAAGCUGAAUGUUGUGCUGUGCUGGUUGCACUUAACCUAAAUGUACCACCACAUCUAUAGGCCAAGUACCAUGGAACCCACAGAAUGUACCCACCACACCUACAGGCCAAGUACCAUGGAACCCACAGAAUGGUAGCUGUAUGUGCAAUCGCCCGCCCAAUAUGCAAGCAUUCAUUUCAGACUCAUGUGUCAUUUUCAGCUUGUGUAUGAACCCCUCCAGAAGCAGCCAGGCCUGUGCUCUGAACCCUGAGCUCACCCUUGUAAUCACACCCAUUUAGCUCCAGCUUUGUGAGAUAUGCUCAGGGUGGAGGUCAGGGGAGCACAGACCAGGGAAACAUAGUAGCCUCCCUGGACCCUGAGGAGGCUGUGGGGCUCACACUGUUAGCGUUGUCAUUAAACGGUAGUUGGUGAGAGGUUCUAGCACAGACAGAAUGUGUUCUCAUUCAAACAUCACAUUUCACAUUGAUUGCAUUCAGUUAAAUGUGCAGGGAUGGAGCUGGUGAGAACAGUGGUGUGAGUCCAGUCAGACAGAAGCACAGGUUUAACCAAAGGUCACUUUAGUCCAAACUAAAGGAUCCAAAAACAAUCGAUUUCUUCAAGGGCCUUGUCCAAAGCCGCUGAGGAUUUUCAUUUAAUACUAUCAAAUAUGUCAAUACUUUUCUAAGUGUAAUCAAAUAAAGAUGGAUCUUUAUCUUA